AUGUCUUUUUUCCGUCCUUUCUUUCGUCAAAACGGAACAGUUCAUUUCUUUUUUCUUAUCUUUUUUCUUUCUUUCUUUCUUUCUUUCCUUUCUUUCAAACAGCGUUUCUGGGGUGUUUCUUUCUUUCUUUCUUUCUUUCUUUCUUUUCUUUCUUUAUUUCUUUUCUGCUUCCGUCCUUUCUUGUCUUCUCUUUUCUUUCUUUCUUUAUUUCAUUUUUCUUUCUUCUUUCUUUUUCUUUCUUUCCUUGAAAUCAAACAGCGUCACUGGUAUUUCUUUUCUUUCUUUUCUUUCUUUUUUCUUCUUUCUUUCAGUUCAUUAUUUAUUUCUAUCUUCUUUCUUUUCUUUUUCUUCUUUCUUUUUUCUUUCAAUCAUUAUUUCUUUUUUUUUUUUCAUUUUUUCUUUCUUUAUUUUCUUUCUUUCUUUUCUUUCUUUACUUUCUUUCUUUCUUAUUUUUUAAACUUUCUUUAUUUCUUUUAUUUUGUUCUUUUAUUUUGUUUUCUUUCUUUUUUUCAUUGCUUUAACUUUUUCUUUUCUUUUUUCAUUUCUUUCUUUUCUUUUCUCAACUUUCUUUUUUCUUUUUUUUUUGUUUUUUCUUGUCUUCUUUCUUUUUUUUUUUUUUUUCUUUAUUUUUAUUUUCUUUCCUUCUUUUCUUUCAUUUUUUCUUUUCUUUUUUUUUUCCUUUUUUACAUUCAACGUCUUUUUUUUUUUUUUUUUUUUUCUUUCUUUCAUUCUUUCUUUCUUUUUCUUUUCUUUAUUUUAUUCUUUCUUUCUUUUUUCUUUUUUUCUUUCUUUCUUAACUUUUUUCUUUUUUUCAGCAAUCACUAA